GGAAAUGUCGCUUCUUUGGUUCUCAGGUUCUUAAGGCAGGAAGGAACUAUGGUAACAUAUGGCGGAAUGUCCAAAAAGCCUAUCACCGUACCAACUUCGCACUUCAUUUUCAAGGACCUUUCCUUGAGAGGAUUCUGGCUACAGAAAUGGUUAGGUGCCGAUAAAGCAAAAGAGCACAGAGAUAUGCUCGAUUACCUUCUACGCCUGGCACAAGAGGGGAAGUUGAAAUAUGAGAUGGAGUUGGUUCCAUUUGACAAUUUUGGCACUGCAUUGGAGAAGGCAAUAGGGAAACAUGGGAGUCAACCAAAACAAGUAAUCAAAUUCUAAAUCUUGGCAUCUUCUUCAAAUUUGGAAGGUGCUACUGUAAUGUAUUUAUUUAAAAUGGCUUUCCAUUUACCAUCAGCGAGAAUCUGA